AUCAGAGCUGGUGACAUCAGCAGAGGGAGGAGUCACAGGAUCUCCAAGAAGUAAGAUAAGACUUGCAAAGGAGAACUGAGCGCACACAGAGAAAAGGAGUCCCACAGAAACUUGGGCCUGUUUUCUGCUGACCACCCGGGAGAAUCUGAGCAGGAAGACCUAGGUGUGGUACGCCUCACUUCCUGCAUAGAGUGGGCAGACGUGUCUCUGGAAGAUUUCUCUGGGGAAAACCACCUGGGAGACAGGAGCUCUUUGGGACCCUUUGAACAUCUCCUGAAGACACAAUCUGCCCGUGGGGUCCCAUCUCUCAACCUCCUGCUCGCAUUUCUACCUGCUGCCUCCCAACAACAGUCAUCAUGCCUCCCUCGCCAAAGCGUCCACGCCUCUCACUGGAGGCAGAUUUUCAGAUCCACAGUGACAUACAGGAUCCGGAGGUGACACAGGAGACUAGGGCUGUAGAGGUGGAAGACGGCGCCUCCUUCUCCUCUGGCUCCUUCACUUUUCCCCAGCCUUCCACCUCUUCCUUCCUCCCAUCUUUCCCCAUGAUCUCAAGCACUAAGGAGGAGGAAGGGAAGGAUCAGGAGGUGCCUGCUAUUGCAACCUUGAAUCCUCCCCAGGGUCCUCAGAGUUCUGGCCCCUCUACAUCAUGGGGCACAUCAUAUGGGGGCUCUAGCAACCCACCAAUGGAGGGUACAAGCUCCCUGCAGCUGUCAACAUAUAGUGGCUACUUGUCCAGGGAUCCACUGAAUGGAAAGGUUAUGGAGUUGGUGCGACUUAUGAUUCUCAAGUAUCGUUUGAAGGAGCCCAUUACAAGGGCAGAAAUGCUGAAGGUUGUUAUAAAAGGUUACAUGAAACGGUUUCCGAUGAUAUUUAAGAAAGCUUGUAGAUGCUUGGAGGUUAUCUUUGGCAUUGAAGUGAAGGAGGUGGACCCUACUGUCCACUCCUACAUCCUUGUCAACUCACUGGGGCUCACCUAUGAUCAGAUGCUUAGUAACAACCAGAGUAUGCCUAAAACCGGUCUCCUGAUAAUUGUCCUGGGUUUGAUCUUCUUAGAGGGUAACUGCGCCCCAGAGGAAAGUAUCUGGGAUUUCCUGAAUAUGGUAGGAGUGUAUUGUGGGAGAGACCACUUCAUUUAUGGAGAUCCUUGGAUACUUCUCACCAGGGAAUGGGUGCAGGAGAAUUACCUGAUAUACCGGCAGGUCCAGAACAGUAAUCCUCCACGCUAUGAAUUCUUGUGGGGUCCAAGAGCUCAUGCUGAAACCAACAAGAUGAAAGUGCUAGAAUUUUUGGCCAAGAUCAAGGGGACUGAUCCAGCUUCCUACACUUUCUGGUAUGAGGAAGCUUUAAGAGAUGAGGAAGAGAGAGCCAGGGCCAGAGUUGUCCCCACGGAGAGCACCUCUCCUAUGUCCACUUCACAGCACUGGCCAACAGCUCCUUCUGCCCCAACUGAGAAGUGAGCCCAAGUUGUCACUUUGUUUGUAGAGAAAAGUCUAAGGCAGACUAGUGAAAACACAGUAGCCAACUUUCCUUUUUUCUGUGAGUGGCUUUUGCUUUCUGUGGGGAUUUUUCAAAUGCUGUUCCUUUUAAUAGAAAGUUUAUUAACUUUAGAAUGUUUGCUAAUAAAAUUAAUUGAAUUAAGUUAACUAAAUUG